AGCGCCAUGCCGCGCCGGCUGGCCUGGCUGUGCUGCUGCUGGGCGCUGCUGAGCGGAGCCUGCCGCCCCGCCGAGCCCGCGCUGCCCGCCGAGGGCGGGGAGCCGCCGCCCGCCGCCGCCGGCUCGGGCUUCCUCUACCGGCGGCUGAAGUCGCACGAGAAGCGGGAGAUGCAGCGGGAGAUCCUCUCGGUGCUGGGGCUGCCCCACCGCCCCCGGCCGCUGCCGCGGGAGCCGCCGGCCCCGCCGCCGGGACGGCUGAGGGCGGCACCGCGCUUCAUGCUGGACCUCUACCACUCCCUGGCCGAGGGCGCGGAGGGCAGCGCGGGCGCGGAGAGCGGGGGCCGCCCGCCGACCCCUGCCCCGCCGCUGCCCAGCCCGCAGGACAGCGCCUUCCUCAACGACGCCGACAUGGUGAUGAGCUUCGUCAACCUGGUUGAGUAUGACAAGGAGUUCACGCCUCACCAGCGGCACCACAAGGAAUUCAAAUUUAAUUUGUCUCAGAUUCCUGAGGGCGAGGCCGUCACAGCUGCUGAGUUUCGGAUCUACAAGGACUGCGUUUUGGGAAGCUUUAAAAACCAAACCUUCCUUAUCAGCAUCUACCAGGUGCUGCAGGAACAUCAGAACAGGGCCUCUGACCUGUUUCUGCUGGACACGCGGGCGGUGUGGGCGUCGGAGGAGGGCUGGCUGGAGUUCGACGUCACUGCCACCAGCAACAUGUGGGUGAUGAACCCCCAGCACAACAUGGGACUGCAGCUCAGCGUGGUGACCCGGGAUGGUUUCAGUGUAAACCCUAGAGAAGCAGGGCUGGUAGGGCGAGAUGGCCCCUAUGACAAGCAGCCUUUCAUGGUGGCCUUCUUCAAAGUGAGCGAGGUUCACCUACGCACCACGAGGUCAGCGAGCAGCAGGCGCAGGCAGCAGAGCCGGAACCGCUCCACCCAGACUCAGGACGUUUCCAGGGUGUCCAGUGUCACAGAUUACAACAGCAGUGACUUAAAAACAGCGUGCAGAAAGCAUGAGCUUUACGUUAGCUUCCAAGACUUGGGAUGGCAGGACUGGAUAAUCGCUCCAAAAGGCUACGCAGCCAACUACUGUGAUGGGGAGUGCUCGUUCCCACUCAACGCCCACAUGAACGCAACCAAUCAUGCCAUUGUACAAACUCUGGUUCAUCUAAUGAAUCCUGAUUACGUUCCCAAACCAUGCUGUGCACCUACCAAACUAAAUGCCAUAUCUGUCCUUUACUUUGAUGAUAAUUCUAAUGUAAUCUUGAAGAAAUACAGGAAUAUGGUAGUAAGAGCUUGUGGAUGUCACUGACAAACAGUCUUCACAUGGACUCUGUGAUGCUGCCAUGAACUUGGAUACAAUCCUCCCUGUUUUCACCUUGGGAAAAAAAAACCUACGUGAUGAACCACCCUUCAGAACACCAUGUAUGUGCCUUGUGGGAGGAAGGGGUGUGGGGACCACCCCCCAGGGUGGGAGCAAACUGCUGGACUUCUUACAGACUGACCCUACGCCACGGUGGCUGCCCAGCUCAGCUCAGCAGCAGCAAAAUGCCCACACACUUUAUUUGGCUGGGAUGGUCUUAAUCUCACAGAGAAGCUUGACCUGUAGCAGGUGCUUGGAUAUGUGCUGCAGUUUUACCAGAUGAGGACUCAACACUCAAAACAAGUGAGGUCUUUCUUUGGGGGUGGGGAGGGAAGAUAAGGGGGAGAGGCAGAGAAGCUAAAGAAAGUGUUGUUAGCACUUCAGAUAUAGAGUGUACAUCUCAUGCAAGAUCCUUGUGGCCAGAAGGACCAGUUACUGCACCUAGACUGUUAGUCUUCUGCCAUCUGUCAUGACAGUAAGCAUCUAAAAUUGUGCCAAAGCAGAUGUUUCAGUUCUGUUAUGCUCCCAGCACUGUUUAACUCUGAUCUUCCAAGUGUAAGAUGACAUGGCUGCACCCUGUGUUAGAAACACUACCAUGAACUCAGACCCUGGCUGAGUCUUCCCAUCUGACUGAGCAAUACAAAUUUAUACACUUGCUCUUAUGCAACUUCCUUCCACUUCUCACGUGGAGCUGCCUCAUCUACUACCACUUGCCCAGGAAGGAAGUCAGGACACUUCUUCAGCUAUAAGUCAGACGUAAAAGCUUAGGGACCAUUCAUUCUCUAGCUGGACAGUUUGUUUACAGGAAGACAGAAAGUCAACAACAUUUGCAAUCUUUCCCUUUCAACUCAUGCAACUAACAAACUGGUAUAAAGGAUAGGCAGCGUAGAGCCAUGAUUUGUCUAGCAGAAGCUAAUAGCAAAUUGUUUUGAUCAAUAUUAAACUUGUAUUAAAUGCACUUACCUCUACUUGCAUUUAAAAGGCUUCUUGUAAAUACAAGCUAUAAUUUAUUGCA